UGACGUCACUGGCACCCUUCCCGAGGGUCGGACGGAUUAAAGAUGGCGCCCUCUCAAGCAGUAAGAUGCUGUCAACGGGGUUUAUCCUGGAUACCUGUCAUUUUUAUCAACCUGAUCGUGGGCUGGUCCUACUACGCUUACGUGAUGGAGCUCUGUAUAUAUACAAUCACUAACACUGAGGAACAAGUUAUUUAUUUGAUAGUGUUUCACAUCUUCUUCUUUAUCUUCAUGUGGUCCUACUGGAAGGCCAUCAUUUCCAAGCCUAUUGGCCCCUCCAAAGAGUUCUGUCUCCCUAAGGCAGAAAAAGAGCUGUAUGAGAAGGAGGAGAGACCAGAGACUCAGCAGGAAAUCCUGAAAAGAGUGGCCCGAGAUCUGCCUGUAUAUACACGCACAGGCUCUGGAGCUAUCCGUUACUGUGACAGAUGUCAGCUGAUUAAACCAGACAGAUGCCAUCACUGCUCCACCUGCGACAAAUGUGUCCUGAAAAUGGAUCACCAUUGUCCUUGGGUUAAUAACUGUAUCGGAUUCUCCAACUAUAAGUUCUUUGUGCUGUUUCUGGCGUACUCCAUGCUGUACUGCGUCUACAUCUCCGCCACCGUAUUGCAGUACUUUAUCAAGUUUUGGACACUUUGCAGACGGAGGGCUUUAGAGCAAUGCCCGGAGAAUCAGCUGCCGAACACUCAGGCAAAGUUCCACGUGUUGUUCCUCUUUUUUGUGGCGGCCAUGUUUUUCAUCAGCGUCCUGUCACUGUUCAGCUAUCACCUCUGGCUCGUGGCAAAAAACAGAACCACUAUAGAGGCUUUUAGGGCGCCAGUGUUCAGAAAUGGCCCGGACAAAAACGGUUUCACUUUGGGCUUUCGCAAGAAUAUUACCCAGGUGUUUGGAGACCAGAAGAAAUACUGGUGCUUACCAAUUUACAGCAGUUUGGGAGAUGGCUACACAUUCCCCACUCGACUAGUCAACACUGACUCAGAACAAGGCAAUGUUGAACAUCAAUCCAUUAAAUGCGCAGUUGAUGGACAGACAAACCCCAGACCUCUGAGUGAGUCACAGAAUCAUCUCCUAGGAAACGAUACGCACUCUGAGGAGUCCAAAGACGGCAGUCGUGCAAACAUCGAGGGAUGUCAAGCUGUUUCUGUUACCAUGGAGAACGAGUCCUAGUCAGGAACAAUGCACAUUUGGUUUUCCUCUGAAGGAUGCACUUGUUUGAAGACCUCAUGUGAUAGCUUUCAGAUAUAAUGCCUUAAGAUCAGCAGCAUUAUCUCAUCUGUACGGAAUUGACCUGCAGCGUGGGCGCUGUAUUUCAACUACGUUAAUAUCAGCACAGACUUUCAGGUUGUUUGCACCAAACAUUGACUGAAUUUGAACGACUUUUCAACUUUUUCUUAUUUCAUGAUGGGUAAUAAAUACUUAGACAUGUUUUCUCCAGAUCUUGAUUUUUUGACCAAAAACCUGAAGUUCAUCUUCAGGUUUUUGUUGUAUAGUAUAUUUGUUAUUUAUUGUUGGUUAACCUCUAAUACUACUCCAAAAGUUAAACAUGGUAAUGUGGUGACUUUUUGUCACCAGGGAUUUUUGAGGAAAGAUUGGGAAGUAACAUGUAAUGCAGUAUUUGAUUCGAAUGUAUUAAUCCAAAGUAACAGAGUUAUGUUUACUACAUGCAGUAGCAACGUCCUGAGUAACUGAUGAAUAGUAAAUAUAAGUCAACAACUUAUUUGGAGCCCAUCGAAUGCAUUCACUAGACCUAGAUAGAAAGUGUCUUUAUUGUAUUUAUUGAUAUUGAAUGGACCACUUUAACAUUCGCUUUACUCUUUCAUCAACACUAAUUUCUCUUUUUAUUAAGUUCUUUUUAAAAGACACAUUUUUUUCUGACCUCAUCCCUAUCAGCAUUUUACUCUAAGCUUUGUUUGGCAGCUGGUGUGAAAUGUGACGUUGAAAUCUCAGGCCAAGAAACAAGAAGUGCUUUCUGUUGUCACCUAUGAAGCAAUAGUUUCCUAUGUGUAACACUAGCUGAGCGAGUUUAUUUCACAUAAUUGUGUGUUUUCGGUGUAAAUUUGUGCUGUUAUAUUUUCUUAAGUGGGAGGAGUCUGCUGUGGUCUCUGCUGGUUUUGUUUUUUGGGAUUUUGACCUCACGUUUGUUAUAGGAACAAUGAAAAAUACACAUCUCUGUAAGAACGAUGAGGAUUAACAAAACCAGGUUGUUUUGUCCUGCCAUUUCAGGUCUUAUGUUCAUGAAGUCUUUUAUAUGUUACAGUUAAUUUUGAUUCUGUUAGAUUUUUUUAUUUAUUGCAUGUUAAUGUGAAAAAUAUUUGAAAAGUGAUUUGCCAAUUGAUAUAGCUCACAUCAGCAUUUUACAGAACCGGAGCUGAUGUAACCAUAGCAACAUCAUUGUACCUAAAUCUGUGGUUUAAAAUACUAAUCGGAUGCAUCAAUCGCAUUUAAUGAUGAGGAUUAUGCCAAAAACGGCUCAUUAUGGAACUCAUUAAUCUAUAGCUUAAUCCUACACGAAUGCAUAAUAUUACUGGAAUCAUAUGAAGAGUUUCGUUGCCAAACGAGAUAAAUCCAUUUUUUUACAUUUUUGUCAAAACAUGUUUAUUAUUAUGUUAUCAUGUUAUUAUUUUGUUUAUGGUGCUACUUAGCUGUAUUUUUAAGUUAUGAAGGCUUAAAUCAAAACAAACCAACUGCAGUUGAAUUGAAAUGAAUUGGAAUGCACAACCAAAAAAUGAGAUUUCUGAACAAUUAAAAAAAACGGGGGUUAUCUCGUUUUGCAACGAAACUCUUCAUAUAUAGGACCAUUUUUCUUUUUGUCCGAUUUACAAGCUUGUACAGAAUUUUCGCUGCUUUUUUGUACUCGCCCUGCAGGCCGGUUCGGUUCAUGAUGUUAUAUUUAAAGAUGUUUCUGAAAUCUGAACAGUUUGCACAAAUUUUACAAAUCUAACUAAUAUUAAUGUUUGUAUUAUAUGAAAUAAUCAAGUAUUCAGUGUAUGCAUUGUAAAACACAAUUUUGGAAUAUUGUAUGAUUCAAGUAAAAACAUAUUGAAUACAAAUGCACACAAA